CAAAUAAUUACCGUCCAAAUAAUUACCGUCCAAAUAAUUACCGUCCAAAUAAUUACCGUCCAAAUAAUUAUCGUCAAAAUAAUUAUCGUGCAAAUAAUUAUCGUCCAAAUAAUUAUCGUCCAAAUAAUUAUCGUCCAAAUAAUUAUCAUUCAAAUCAUCGAAAUACUUAUUAUAAUUCAAAUUAUCGACGACAACAAUACAAUCGUAAUAAUUAUCAACCAAGAAGAUUUUAUCGAUCAAAUAGUAGAUAUAGAAAUCGAUCAAAUAUUAGAUAUAGAAAUCGAUCAAAUAGUCGAUAUAGAAAUCGUUAUAAUCAACGACAAAGAAACGGACCAAGACCAAGAGUAUUGGGUAAUUUUAUUCCACAAAAUUAUGAAAAUCUUGGUACUCAAUUAGCUAAUAAUGCAAUGGUUGAUGAUAUUGCGACAAUAAAUGCGUUACCACAACGGCAACAAUUUACAGCAACAACAACAACAACAGAUAAUAAUAAUAAUAAUAAUAAUAAUACUCAACCAUUUACGGUCUAUAAUACAAAUGAUAAUCAAAAUCAACAAAAUCAACAAUAUCGACAAAAUCAACGGAAUGAACAAACAACAUCAACAUAUAGACGUCGACAACGUCGUAAUCAGCAAUCAAAUUACCAAGAUAAUCUUAUUAGUAAUAAUCGUUAUGCUGCUCUUGCUGAAGAUGAUGCAACUGAUGUUGAAUCAAAUGUUGAUAAUAAUGAUAAUAAUGAAAUAUUACCAAUAAAUACACGUAAUAAUAAUAAGAAAAGAACACAAAAGAGAAAUAAAAAUGUUAAAAGAACUUAUCUUAACGAAAAUCGAAUAUUUGCUUCGUACUCAAACAAUGAAGCAGUAAAACAAAUACUUGACAGUAGUGGUAAUCAAGCUUAUAUUUUUAAAUCUGCACACUUUUAUGAUGAAUUAAUAAGAGCAGAUUAUGAAAAACAACUAUGGAAUAAUUAUUUAAAAUUAGGUACUAUAAAGAAUUAUUGGGCAAAAGAAGUUGUUCGUCGAACAAAAACACGUGAUGAUGUACGAAAUACAUCAUUUGUCGAAAAGAAAAUUGAACAAUUCGAUUCUAUUAUCAAUAAAGCAUGUACCGAAAUUAGUUUUUUAAAAACAAAUUUAAAUAAUUAUUGGACCAAAGUAAGAUCAGAUAAGUUACAACAAGCUGCUGCUAAACAAGCUGCUGCUAAUAAACAAGCUGCUAUUAAUAAACAAACAGAAACAAUACCCGAUAACAAUGCUACUACAUCGGAUACUAAUAAUUCAGCUACAAUGGUUAAUCAAAAAGAUGUUGAAAAUGAUAUCAAAAAAGUUGAAAACUUAAUAGCAAAUUAUAUUAAACAUUGUAUUCAGCAUGUUAAAAAAAUGUGUGAAUCACGUACAGAAUUAGCUAUAGCACAAAUGAAUGAAUAUAAAGCAUUUGAAGAAUUUCGUUUAAUAGCUAAUCCAACACAAUUUAGUACACAUUUAGUAAUGAAACAAAAAAUAAAGACAUGGCAUAUUAAAAAUAAAAAUUAUGCUACUGCACAAAAACGUGUUGAAUAUAAAUUACUUCCAAAAUUUAUUACAAAUUUGAAUUUUUCAUUUAAAAUUGAUGAAUCGAUCAUUAAUUCACAAGAUGCACAAGCAACUUAUAAUAAAAUGCGUGAAAUUACAAAUAAAUAUCAAACAGAUGCAAUGACAUUAUAUGUUGAAACAGCUGCUCAAGAAAGUGAAUUAAUUAAAAGUGAUAUUGAUCGAUUACUUGAAAAUUUUACAAACAAACACUUUUUAAGUCAGAUAAUUACAAUAAAUGAUGAUGAUAAUGAUAAUCAACUUGGUAAUAUUCAAAGCCAAAGUGAAACUGAAGCAGCUAAUGAAGCAUAUAUAAAAUACCAUGAAUUACGUACAACGGGCCGAACAAGAAAACAGGUCGAAUCAAGAAAUAAAUUACCGAAACCUUGUUCGAUCAUUGGACACAGCACUAUCGGUCCAAAUAUAAUUAAUCAAGUACCUCAAAUUAAAUUAACUAAAGAAGAAUAUUAUCUAUUAAAUUUGGGUCCUCGAUUUAUAUUUAAUGACCCACAAACAGCAUCACGACGACGAAUAACUGAAUUGGCUACACUUCAAAGAAAAAUUGAAGCUCGUUUUUACGAGAAAAAAGUUAAGCCAGGUCGUCCUGUUCAAAAAUUUAUUAAUGAAUUAGAUAUUCUUCUUCAAAAUCUUCAUAAUACUUCUACUACUACUACUACUACUACACAUCAUCAUCAAUUCAAUACUUCAAAUAAUAGUUCUAAUUCAAGUCAAUCUCAAAUUAAUAAUCGAAAUAUUUCUAAUGAUAUUUUCAUUUCAAGUCAACCUCAAAUUAAUCAUCGAUCACUUAAAAAGAAAAUGAAUUAUCAUCGACUAAUAAAAAGAUUAAAACAUAAAUUUCGAUUAACAAAUACAAUAAUACGUAAGACUGAUAAGUCUAAGGUUUUUCAUCUAGGUAAACUUGAUGAUUAUCGAACUAAGUCAAUAGAAUAUAUGAAUAAAACAAAUGCUUAUCAAUGUCUUGGUACUGAUGAUCCCUUACCUAAUCUUAUACAACGUACCAAUAAAUAUCUAUUAGAUUUACGUCUUGCUAAAUGGAUAACACAAAAACAUUAUGAGCAACUUUGUAUUAAACAAGAUGAAGUCGAAUUAGCUCAUCUCUAUUACUUACCAAAAGCUCAUAAGCCCCAUACUCCUUUACGACCCAUCAUUGCAGGUCUUAAACAUCCUACAAUAAAAAUUUCCAAGUUUCUUGAUGAUCUUUUACGACCAUUAUUUGAUAAAAUGGCCAUCAAUACUACUGUUAUAUGUGGUUUUGAAUUAAUUAAAAAAUUACAAUUAUGGUCGAUUUAUAAUAUGAAACAAGAAACUUUACUAUGUACUAUUGAUGUUGCUGACCUAUAUACAAUGAUUCCACAAGUCGAAGGAGUAUUAUCACUUAAAAGAAUGCUGGACCAUUUUAAUUUAAAACAAAUUAAUGGUUUAAAAAUUGAAGCUAUUAUAAGAUUAGCAAGAUUCGUUAUGAAAAAUAAUUAUUUUAAAUAUGACGGUCAAUUUUAUCAUCAAAUUAGAGGCGGAGCCAUGGGUUCUCCUUUAACAUUAACUAUAGCCAAUUGUUACAUGUAUUUUUUCGAACAAAAUAUUAUUAAACAAAUCAAUAACAGUUAUGGCCUAUAUGUACGUUAUAUUGAUGAUAUUUUUAUUGCUAUUAAUUGGCCAAAUCGUCAUUUAACUAAACAAAUUGAUCGUUGGAAUGAAUUUGAUAUGAAUAUAAAAUUAACAGCGAAUAUAAGUAAUCAAACCGAUUUCUUAGAUGUUCAUAUUGAAAAUCAAAAUGGCAAAUUAUUUACUUCUGUUUAUCACAAGCCAUCAUAUGAACCAUACUACUUGCCAUUCAACAGUAUACAUCCUUUACAUAUGAAGAAAAAUAUUGUUUUUACCAUGAUGCUUCGUGCCUUAAGAUAUUGUUCAACAUUGCAAUCUUAUUUAGAAGAACGUGGUAAACUAAGAAUGGCAUUAUUAUUAAAUAAAUAUCCCGGUCAAUUUAUCGAUCAACAAUUUAACAAUGUACUGAAAAAAUUUAAUAUCAAUGAAAUAUUAACAAUAAAUAAUUAUGAUACUAUACGCCAAAGAGUAAUUAAUAUUCCAUAUAAAGAAAAAACGCCAAUAGAUUACAGUACUAAAAUGUUUAUUCAUUUUACUUAUUGUUCAAAUAUGAGAACAUUUCCGAAAAAGUUCCAUGUAUUGUGGCAAAAAUAUUUUGGCGAAUCCCCAAUCAAUGAUAUAUCUCCAAUCCUCGGAACCCGUAAUGUUGAAAAUCUACAACGUAGACUAGUAAAUACGCGUCGAUUAUGA